UCUUUGUCUUGGUUUGAUUUGGGCUUUUUGAUAGAGGGUUGAUAAUAUUUCAGUAAAACUAAUUGUCUCUUUCCCUCUCUCUCUUCUGAUCACACACACACACACACACACACACACACCACACCACACCACACCACACCACACCACACACACCACACCACACCACACACACACACACCACACCACACCACACACACACCACACCACACACACACACCACACCACACCACACACACAAACACCACACCAAACCACACCACACACACACCACACCACACCACACCACACCACACCACACACACACCACACCACACACACACACCACACCACACCACACCACACAUCCAUACAUCGCUGCUGUAGAAUAACUUCAUCAACCUGAGUUUCCUUCGACUGUUUCGAGCGGCUCGUCCUCACAAGCUACUGAGACAAGGAGAGACUAUACGCAUCCUGCUCUGGACUUUCGUCCAGUCAUUUAAGGCGCUGCCCUAUGUGUGCCUCCUCAUUGGCAUGCUGUUCUUUAUCUACGCCAUCAUUGGGAUGCAGUUGUUUGGUAAUCUUGCACUGGGCGAGGACGAAGGCAGUGCCAUCAACGAAAACAACAACUUCAGGACUUUCAUCAUGGCACUCAUGUUACUAUUCAGGAGUGCGACAGGUGAGGCGUGGCAUGACAUCAUGCUGUCGUGUCUGGGGGGUAAGAAGUGUGACCCAGACUCAGGGAACACAGAACCAGAGUGUGGCAGCACCUUCGCAUACACAUACUUCGUCUCCUUCAUCUUCUUCUGUUCUUUCCUGAUGCUGAAUCUGUUUGUGGCUGUCAUCAUGGAUAACUUUGAGUACCUGACCAGAGACUCAUCUAUACUGGGUCCUCAUCACCUGGACGAGUACGUCAGGAUAUGGGCCGAGUAUGACCCCGCUGCCUGCGGGCGCAUACAUUAUAAGGAUAUGUACAGUUUAUUGAGAGUAAUCUCCCCUCCUCUGGGCUUGGGCAAGAAAUGCCCUCAUAGGGUGGCCUGCAAGGUUUGGACCCAACUAUAACACAACGUUUACGCAACCUGCUCGUUCUGUCUCUCACUCAGAGACUUGGGAAUGAAUGUUACGCUCUAUCUCUCUCUUUUUCUGAUUUUCGUUCAUCACUU